AUGACUUGCUUAAAAAAUCCUCACUCUAAGGAUACUAGGCAAUCUCUACUCACAUUCUCUCCUGCCCCUAGUUCUGGUUUAACUGAGUCUGAAGGUGCAGCAGGGGUUUUAGGAACCUGGGUUUUUGAUCAGGAGUUGAUUAGGAGAGCUCUAUGGACAGUAAGUAGGGAUAUUCUGAAAAUUUAUUCUGAUGAGAGGGUUAAUUUGAAGAAUUUCUUUAAGACUAGCUGCCAAAGGGUUAGUAUCACUACUGAUACUUGGACUUCUGUACAAAGAAUCAACUACAUGUGCAUUACUGCACAUUUCAUAGAUCAUGAGUGGAAGCUACAGAAAAAAAUCAUUUCCUUUGUCCCUAUUUCUUCACAUAAGGGGGAAUACAUAGCUAAGGCACUUGAAAGUUGCCUACUAGAGUGGGGGUUGAAGUCAAUUUUUUCUGUCACAGUUGAUAAUGCUUCUAGCAAUGAUACUGCCAUAGGGUUUUUAAAAAAGAAAAUGCUGUCUUGGGGUUCUACUGCAGUAAGGUGUAAGUAUUUGCAUAUGCGAUGCAUUGCUCACAUCCUUAAUCUGGUUGUGCAAGAUGGAUUAAAGGAAUCUGAUGAUUCUGUUAAGAAGGUAAGGGACUCUGUUAGGUAUAUGAGAAGCUCUCCUGCUAGGCUCCAAAAAUUUAGAGAGCUUGCUGACUUAAUUGGGGUGGAAGCCAAAAACUCUUUGGUUCUUGAUGUACCUACAAGGUGGAAUUCCACAUAUUUGAUGCUGCAUACUGCUUUGCUGUAUCAAAAGGUUUUUGAAGUGUAUGAAGAUCAUGACACUUCCUUCAAAUCUGAUUUGGGUGGGAAUGUUCCUAAUUUCUUAGAUUGGGAGGUAGUAGAAGGGUUGGUGAAAUUUCUGAAAUCAUUUUAUGAAAUGACUGUUAGGAUAUCUGGUUCUUUGUAUGUAACUUCUAACACUUUCUUCUCUGAAGUGUCUGAUUUAUCUUGCAUACUUACUGGUCUGGUGGGAGCUGAAUCUGAUUCUGUUAAAGCAAUGGGGAUGAAUAUGAGGACCAAGGACAAAAUUGAAUACAUGCCAUAUCAGUUUAAUCAAUUAUAUGGUGAUGAAAAUGGCAAGUCCUUGUUUGAGAAGGUUAUGAAAGACUUGAAGGAGUUGUAUGCUGAUUAUGUGACAAGUUUCCCAGUCCAGUCUGAUUCUGUUCCUGUUGAACAGUCUGUUCCCCCUACUGUUUUGUCUGAUCCAGUUUCUGUUGGGAGACCCCAAUCUUUGUUAAAAUCCCAGUUAAAAAAACAAAGAUUGGAGAGUGGAGAAUUAGGCAGAAAGAAAACUGAGUUGGAAGUUUAUUUGAGUGAGGAAAUUAUAGAAGAGGAUGGUGAAUUUGACCUCUUGAAAUGGUGGAAAGUUCCCUGUGCUUUCUAA